AUGGACUGGAAUAACGAUUCGAACAUAUCCGGAUAUAUUUCUGUCAAAGCAGCAAAUCUCCAUCUCUCCGCCCAUGGCCCCAGACGAGCACCAGGUGAUCCUAUUGUUAUUUGUGAAGCCGGUCAUGGAGCUAGUGGCGCCUACUGGUUAGGCGUACAAAAGCGAGCAUCGGAAUUCGUUCGUGUCUAUACAUAUGACCGUGCUGGAUACGGUCGCAGCACUCCUGGACAGGGUCCUCGUUCCGCAUCUGUUUUAGCGGACGAGCUUUCAACAUUGCUCGACCGAGCUGGCGUCCCAGGCCCUUAUUUGAUUCUUUGUCAUUCCUGGGGCGGCGUCAUUGCCCGAGAGUUCCUGGCUAGCAGAAAUUCAGAGGUUUCUGGCAUAAUUUUCGUGGACAUAAUUACCGAGCGCAUGUUUGACGGCGCUGUACCACCGCUUCCCGAAUAUCUCGUCGUUGGAGGCGAGUUUGAUUCGCACCAAACCAUUGGAACAGACAAGAACCACAAAUUGGAGGCUGAGGAUUGGCAGCAAGUUUUAGAUGUUGGUUCUCAUACAGGUGCUACUUGGGCUCUAGAAAAGGAAUCUCUGAAGCAAAGUGCUGCAGAGUUGGCGGCAAAGAAUCAGAUAUCCACGCAGGCUAUGGGUUCGCGACCAGUCGUCGUAAUAAAAGGCAAUGCCACAAAGGACAUACGGCUCAUCACUGAAGCCGGAAUGGCCGCUGGAAAUGGUACGAAAGAUCAGCAAAACGCCUUACUCCAAUGGAUGAAGAACAGCGAAGCCACAAGAGAGGCGCAUCAGCGUGAGCUCCUGAAGCUGUCUUCGUGCAGUCGAUUCGUGGUAGCCGAGAAGAGCGGACACAGUGUCCAACUAACAGAGCCGGAUUUGGUUGUUGCAGAGAUCAAAUGGAUGUUGUCCCAAAUUGCUGGGCAAUCUAAUCUCACGCCAAGCCAAUAA